AUGCUAUCCUCAAGUGUAACCAAAUGGAUCUCAAGUGUCCUCACCCUGACUAGUCCAUCUAACAAUGUCAACCAAACUCCCCUUGUUUCUCCCACCGUCAAGUUCCCAUGGAUCCAAAGUUUUGCUUCAAUAGGCGACUCGUACUCUGCUGGUCUCGGUUCCGGACAUCGCCUUGACUGGCUCUGCUCCCGCUACACACACUCUUAUCCCAACAUACUACACAUAUCUCUCCUUGGUACGAAUCCAAACCGAAAUCAUACAUUCCUUGCCUGUUCUGGCGCCACUAGCACCGAAAUCCUCGCUACCCAGGUGCCAGCGCUGCCCUCGAACCUCGACCUACUCACCAUAUCAGCGGGCGGCAACGAUGUUGGUCUUACCGGCAUCCUAAGCGCAUGCAUCUACCAAUUCUAUAUGGCCGCCGAGGACGCUUGUGCAGAGGCUAUUGAUCAAGCACGCGCUCGCAUCGCCAACGAGACAGAAUUAUACCACAACACGAGUCUCCUGGUCGAUGCAGCAAAGCAAAAGAUGAACCCGCAGCACGGCAGCAUAUACUACACAGGAUAUGCGACAUUCUUCGGCGCAGACGACGAAGCAUGCGACAACGUGACGUGGGCCAUAUGGAAAGAUGUCGAAUGGGAGAAGCAAUACCUCACCCGCGACCUCCGCGGCAAACUCAACGACAUGGUCCGCAGCGUCAACAGCAUUUUAGCACAAGCAGUCGAAGACGCCGGAUCGGGCGUCCACUUCAUCGACUACGAUGCAGAAAUCCGCCAGUUACGCGGUCGCUACUGCGAGACCGGCGUUGUCGAGCCCGCGCCGAAUCGCGCUGGACUGGCCUUUUACGAGUGGGCGACUGUGGACCAGGGCGAGAAUAGCACGGCGUUGUUGAAUCAGACGGGGGGUGCGGUGCCGAGGUUUUCGUUCCAGGGUAAGAUUGCGAGCGAGGUGGAGAAGACGGUGGAAUUGCAUCCCGAUUGGGAGAUUGAGCAUGGCAUGGGGUUUGUGGAUAAGGAAAAGGAAAAAAAGGGUACCGGUGGUGGUGUUGGGGGAGAAGGAUGGUUGGGGGAUGAGGUUCACUGGUUGUUACCGGAUAGCUAUAAGAGGGUUUUUCAUCUCAGGCCCAUGGGACAUGAGGUUAUUGCACGGAUGGUGGUGAAGGAUUUGAAAAAGAGGAGUGUAGGGCAGGGGCCAGAAGUUGAGGAGCUGUGA